CUUUGCAGUUGCGUUGUUUAUUGAAAUAAAACAAAAUCUAUACCGUACUUAGUCCAAAGUUCAUUUUGAAACAUACAUUAUUUUAACGAAAUAAGUAAAAAUCGAACUGACUGGGCUCAGUCAGGCAAUCAACGUACAGAAAUCCCAUUCCACCUUCCAUUUCAUCAGAAUGGGCAAAGAUUACUACCAGAUACUGGGCAUUAACAGAAAUGCAACCAAAGAUGAUAUUAAAAAGGGCUACAGGCAGAUGGCGCUCAAAUACCAUCCCGACAAGAACGACCACCCCCAGGCCGAGGCACAGUUUCAAGAGGUUGCGGCCGCCUUUGAGGUGCUGUCGAACAAGGAAAAACGAGACAUUUACGAUCAAUACGGCGAGGAUGGUCUCAAGUAUGGCGAUGAGGCGCAGACAUUUGCCCAGCCCACACCUGAUAUGGCGCCCUUUAUGUGCGCGGUGGGCGGAACCGUCUUAUUUGCCUUUGCUGCCUACAAAACUUUUCAGUUUUUCUCUAAAAAGAAGGCCCCGCACGUAGAUAACGACGAAUCUUCAUCUGAUUAAAAUUAUUGUACACUUACUAAACGUACUUUCCGGUGUUAUUGUUAUUAAUUUAUAAAAUAAAAACCAAACAGCUGAG